AUAGAAGGAGGUGGGUGUGACUCGGGGGCAGGUACUUUUUAAGCUAGCUGCUCUGCGGCAGCCCCUCUUCAGCUCCUGCAGUUGGUACGGUCGGAGGGGGACGCAGAAUGGCGGCUGUGUCUCGACGUUGGAAUAGAAUGCUGUUGCAAACAGUACGACGUAGUGCGACCCGCCGCGUGCUGCUCGGGUUCGCUCCCGGCUGCUGCCGCUGGGCCGUCGGAGGGAAACGCUAUCUGCUUACAGAUGAUGUUGUGAAACUGCAAGAAUUCCAGCAAGUGAAGGUAGCGGUUUCUUCUCGAUUUCAUGGCAAAAAAGAAACCUAUUUUAAAGACAUGGAAGAAAAGAUGAAGAAAAAGGUUCUCAUCUUAAAGGAGGAACUGAAAACCCUGCUCCAUUUAUGUGAGACCCAAGAUGACAUGGAGCUAACAAGAAGUGCUAUUUACAGGUACCAUGCUGAAAACAGAAAUGUCUGCUUUGGGGAAUUUAAGUUUGGACCCCUUUUUAUAAGGCUUUGCUAUGAGCUGGACCUAGAACAGUCUGCAAUGGAACUCAUCAAAGACCAGCAUUUGCAUGGUUUCUUUUCAGACUGCACAUCGUUCAAUAUCCUGAUGAAUAUGUUAUUUAUCAAAGGCAAUUAUGAAGGUGCCUUGGAGGUUUUAAUAGAAAUGAAAAACCAAGGGGUAAGGUUCAAUACAGACACCUACAUCCUUGCUUUUGCAAUUUGCUACAAACUGAACACUGCCGAUUCUUUCAACAUCUGUAUGACUUUACUGGAUGAAGCGCUAUUCAAAGAAGCUGUAACAAGGCGAGCCUAUGGUUUUGCCAUAGCAUUAGCUUUGAAACAGAACCAGGUGGCAAAGGCAAGAUCCAUUUAUUCUCACAUCCUGAACCCAAACAGCAAAGCAUGCAAUAAUUUAAAUAUCCUUAUCCAUGCCCACUCAGGCAUGUUGGAAGGAGCCCUGCAGAUACUGGAGGCAUCUGCCGAAAAAAACCCCUUCAGCUUUGUGAAGAAGGAACAGUUCUCAGAGGAAGUGCUGACCACAGUGAAGGAGAAAUUAGAGGGACAGCCAGCUCUCCAGGCCAGAUUCAGAGAGAUCUGGGACAAGCUCCGGGCAUCUGGCCAGGUCGUCACCCAGACUAUCGAUGCCAUGCUCUGUGUCGUCCCUCAGAGCAGGAAACUCCACAUUCUCUCAUUUAACAAGAGGCAGACGAGCCGCCGGACUUUACAGCCACUCAGUUCAUCUCUGACAGCGGAGUAGCCCUGGAUUUGACCUGAAUGUGUCAUUCUGAGCAGCUGAGAAAUUGGUUUGAAGGAAAUUAGGCUGAACAUUUUUGUCCCCUCCACAGAUUUCUGACACUCAUUGACAGCUGACAUUCCAAACUGAGAGGUCAGUAUUCUGGACUAAUGUGGACAACAUUAACCCAAACAACCAGAAAUCUUGAUUUUUUUUUUUGAACAUUAGGAAUUGGCUGUGUAUAGUGAUAGGUGUGCUCCUGAGACAGUUGUAGUGGUUUCUCAGUCCUGUUGCCUGGGCCCUAGUUCACAGUGGCAGAGAGAAAUAGCAGAGGAGGACUUCAGGUCUGGAUAUAGACUUAACCAUCUUCAAAUAACCCUUCCUUCCAAAGAUACUUGUUACAUCCUUGGAAACUCUUGUGGAUUUCAGCAAGUUUGCUGUGUUGCCUUGAAAACAGUGAUCUUUCCUUCUUAUUUCUUUGAAUGCUUUAAUUUUGUUUUUAAUAUCUAAUGCUCCAAAGCAUAAAUGCUGAGAAAGUCCCUAAUAAAAUAUAGUAACCAUCAUUUGCUAGCGGCAGGGUUACCUGGAAGAUAUAACACAGCGUGGAACUGAGAAUAAGGAGCCCAGGAUUUUGUCCUGGCUUCUGCCACUGCCUAAUUUCUGUGACCCUAAUUAAUGGCUCAGUCCUGAAGUUUCUCCAUCUGUAAAAUGACAGUGCUUAUGCCAGCAUAUCCUCGCAUCCAAAUUCGAGAAUUUCAGACAAUGCAUAGGAAGGUAAGAGACUAAUAAAAGCAAUGCAUAGAAAAACCCAAAUACUUUGUUUUCUUCUGAUAUAUGUCUCGUACCCCUCUCUCCAAUCUCCAUGAGGCAGACAGACUCAAGCUUCAUCUUUCUGAACUAUUAAAUAUGCCAGCUUUAAAUUAUUA